GCACCUUGCGCUGCAUCCGCCAUCUCCAACAACAUCAGAUACCAAACUUUUAGCAAACACUGCUCUGAGUCAGUGACAGACCUUCAAUCAUGCAUCUGCACAAAGCGAUUUGACGAUGUAUCGACCACCAUGUCUUUAAUGAUUAGCGUCACCUGUGGUUCAACAGCAAGCGAAGAUCAAGCAUCUGCAUCUACGGUGUUGAAAGCAUACUGCGAUCAGGACUGGAAAGUGGAAUUUCCAAAGCCAAAGCACCCCGUGUCUUCGUAUAUAGAGGAGAUCUCGGCAAUGACGGAGUUGGCGCCUUGUGCGUCAAUACGCUUAAGCGGGAUUGUAAAUCAACAGACUGAUGCCAUCUGCCCAUACUUGGCAACAAACCUCGCACCCUGCGUAUGCGAAAAGAACCAAAACUCACUCCGAGUCAGCGAAAUGAUCAACACCGGAGUAGGACAACUCUGCUCUUCAAACAAAGACGACGUCAAAUCAGCCCAAUCCAUGUUUGCAGCAUACUGCGCCAUGAAUUCAGGAAAAACAUCAUUUCCAACAGCUUCUCCUCCUCCGGGCGACAUGUCGUACUACGUCACCAAUCUUCCUCAGUAUUCAUCCCUGGAAACUUGCGCGCAGCUGUGUGUUGAUAUAGCAGCCAUGUAUCAGACGAGCACAUUUUGUCCAGGCGGUCCACAAGCUCUGGCUUCAUGUCUUUGUCUCAAGAAUUCAGUAUCAAAGGCAGUUUCGAGCACGUUAUCCUGGGAGAUCAAGAACCGAUGUCACACAAACAUGCUUGAUAACUUGUCUUCUGCCAAUGCUGUUCUCGACUACUAUUGCAGCGCAGUAAAGGGAGAGGUUACAGCCACAGGGAUUGCGGUUUCCCAAACAGAAAGCGCCAGCACGAAAGCUGGUUCAGGAUCAAUGGCCACGGAGACAAAUAGCCCUGACGAAUCAGAGUCCAAGUCCAAGGGCCCAAAGGCUGGUGUCAUUGCUGGUGCUACUGUUGGUGCAGUCGUGGGUGUCCUCUUAGGAGGUGGCCUUGUCUUUUUCUUCAUGCAAAAGAGAGCUCGCAGCAAGAAACAGGUCAAUGGCGGCAGUCUUCCAGAACAUCAUUCUGAGGAGAGGAUUCAGAGGGACGAUGUCCGGUUGGACCGGGUUGCUCCCAGUGGCGAUGAGAUAGCGCCUCCGCCGUAUGAGGAGGGGCCUUCUGGGGCUAUGUCAAGCAAGAAGUAG